GACCGAAGCCUGAGCCCCCAUCCAAGCCCUGCUGCCCGGGGGGAGGGGCCAAAGCCAAAACCUGGGCAGUGGGGGUUGGGCUUCUGCCCUGGGCCCCAGCAAGUCUAACGGCAGCCCUGGCAACCGCAUUAAAAUGGGUUUGCAACACACUUUGGGGACCCAAGCCACAGCUUGAGAACCACAGUUCUAUCCUCUCCUUCAAGAGGAGCAUAUAUGGCUAAUUCUGUAGGUACCUCUUCCAAAGUCCAGUGUGCAGAGCCGUUACCACUGGAUGGCAUUUACAAGAAUACAAGAGACCAGUGAAUCAGCUACAGGUCACUUGUGCCUGUAAUUUAUUGCACUGUGGAAUUUUAUAUGCUCCAAUGGGCAGUAAGUAACUUGAUCUCACCUAUCCGGACUGAGGUUUUAGUUAUUCCAUUCUGCUAGGUAAUUAGAUUUUGCUCAACCUGGAUGGUGGUUAUACUUAUGUAGCAGACUAAGUGUUUUGGGGGAGGAGCAUUUUUAUAAAUAAUUAUUCUAAAGAUCCCACAUAUUCAAUGUAUUUGCUCUCUCUAACUUUUACUGAUGCUCAUUUGCCCUGUAUUUUAGCAAGAAAGGGCCUUUGCUCUCUAAGUUGGAUGAUUACAAAGUGUUCCACUGUCUUGUCAUUUGGGGCAAGUCACUGCACCUCUCUGUGCCUUAGUUUUCCCACUUGCAAACCUGGAAUGCUGCUUGUCUUACAGGAGGAUCGAGAGGCUUAAUUACUCUUUGUAAUUUGAGAAACUCAGAAGAGGUGUCCAGAGGAAUGUAAGCAUGAAGCGGUUCAUGGCGCUGCUUAAUAAAAAUAAAAACAAGGACCCUCCACAGGCCAAGCUGCUGGAUCUAGCAGGACAACUCUGCCACGAUCUUCAGAGCAUGUCUCCCAGCCUGGAGAAGCUGGUUGAGGCAAUGAUGGGGUGCAAGCUUCAGGAAUAUUUCCUCACCAACAUCAAUGUAGUCCGAGCCUGUGUGCUUGUCCAUAUCCACAGAGGUCAGCAUGACACAGCCUGCAGACUCCUGGAGUGUUGCAGGGCGAAGGAAAAGAAGGAGCUGCUGCAACUUUGGAAUGAGAUCCACUACCACAAAGUCAUGGAGAAACACCACAUAGAUUCCUUGACACCGGUGCAGAAAUUCCGGUGCAGGAAGAGGAAUCCUCCACCAGUUUCCCUGUGUCCUGAAGGCAUAAAGAAUCGAAACUAUCCAGAAAGAGUGCGCCAAAAGCUGCACAGAUUUGCUGCAAACGUGACAAUGAAUCCAAACAAGGAUCAGCGGGAGAGUUUGGCUCAGGAUAUGAACCUGCAGCCAAGUCAGGUCUAUAACUGGUUUGCCAAUUACCGUCGUCGUCAAAAAACGCGGCUCAGUCGGCUGGAAAAGCUCAUCAGCUCAAUCGAUGAGGAGCCUUCAACUCACCAAGCAAGACAUCAGCCUGAUAGUGGAUCCUGCAUUCCACAAGCUGCAGAGGCAUUUCAUGCAGGCGUUGGCUCAGAUCAGAAAGAGAUUAUUACCCUUGGGCCCUGUGGUCCUGGGUGGGAGCAUUCAGCUGCGGUUCUGGACUGUUCUGCUGAUGGGACCUUUUCAAAGUUGCUGGAACCCAGCUUUCUGCAGAGCAGUGAGUUACAGGAAAUGAGGUCAACUAAAACUUCAGUGACCCCUCUCAACACUGAAGAGCCAGCAGCUUUCUGCACUAAGACUGAGCACGGACUAAGCCUUAGCUCUGCCACCAUGGAGACCAGACAGACGUCAAGUUACACUGCCACUAGCCCCUGUCUGGAGAACGUUGUCCUGUGCUCCUGUGGCUCACAUCCCUUCCAAACAGAACAUCUGGACGCAAGGCAGCCAACUCCCAGUGCAGAAGGAGUCUCCGGCGCAAGCAGCCAGUGCCCCCUGUGGAGCCCUGGUACAGCAGUUCCCCUCAGGCUGUGCUUGGCAAAUCCCAGUGCCCACCAGUUUCCACAUCCCAUCUGGAGGAAAUCCAGGCCUUGGGACACAGCGAGGGGCUAGAGAAUCCACUAAGCGAUCCCAUGACCAGCGACACAUUCUGGGCAGCGUGGCUACUCUUUGAAUUCUCAGUCGGUGGUCGGAUGUAACUCGCACAGUGAGACUUUGUAUGAUGGUCUGCGGUUCUGCAGUGAUUGCCCCUUUCUUGCCAAAAGAGGCAGUCCGAUAACACAAUGUAGUUAACUGGGCAAGGAGACCUUUCUAAUUGUUACCAAGUUCAUUUUGGCUACAGUUUUCUCAAGAGUUUUAAAAGUAACAAACAAAAGCAAUGCUCCCUGUGGUUCUUGCAGAUCACAGACUUUAACUGGGACAAUUUGAAACUGCGUAGCCAUUGCAAGUAUUUAGUCACUGGUUCUAUGGAAGUUAAAUUGUUCAGGUCACCCCAUAUUCGUAACUGUGUAUCUGGACGAGAUGGUUCUGGGUCCCUCUAUUGUUGUUAUUGAUGUUGUUGUGUAAAAAGCCCCUCAGUUCAAAGGGAGUAAAACCUCAGAAAUGUCAUCUACAGUGUGGAUGCCCUGUGGGUUUGUUACGGCUGGAGAAUUUGGGACCUAGCUGAGCCUUGAUACAAAGCUGUCUCCUCCCACCUCUGCAGUUCGCCUGUGCUAUGAAUUCUGGGGCACUCCAAAUCCCAUAGUGCCACAGAUCGCACAUUUUGGAGCACUAUCUAAUUCAUAGCACCCAACAAAACUGUAUUAUAGAGGAUGAGAUGGGGAAAGCCAGAGUGUCAGGGCCCAGUAGCAGGUGGACCUUGAAUUCCCCAUGAAGGUCAGAGGAAUGGAGAGGGUGGGAACAUCUGAACUCUUUCAGUCCACAUUUAGAAUUCCCAACUCCAGCUGGACAGGAGCUCUGCAACUGGUCCUAAUGGUUGCCUUUCCCACAGUCUGCAGAAGAGUGAAAAUGAAGGCCUGAUUCUCUACUGCCUUGCACUUACACCUGUACAAAGUGAAUGUAGAACACUGCCAUUUUCAUUUGGUAGCAUAUUAAAUUGACUUUGCGUUUAUUUUGCAGGUACACAUUGACAGCUUGAGGUGCAGGGCAGUGGAGAAGCAGGCCCUGUAUGUCCCCAAGUACCUUGCAAAGCAGCUUUUGGGUUGUGCAGCCCCAGAUUCCCUCAGACUGCAGGAGUAUGUGGCCUCUAAUAGAAAUUGGUAACUGUAUUCAGCUGAAGUCUAAUACCUGAAUUUUGGGCAAAUAUCUGAGGCUCCUCACAGCUCUGAUCAGAGGAGUACACUGCUAACAGUUCCUCUGUUCAGAUACUUUUUCCCAAACCAGCCUCCAAGCCAUCUGCUUCUGCCUCCUCUCCAUUGUGUUUUUUUUUGUUAUAUCACAGAUCAGGAGCCCUACGGUUUUCCUUUUAUCUCAUCCCGGAGCUAGAAAAUGGAAAUUGUGAGAGAAAUAGGGGAGGGGAGUUCAUUUGCACCCAGGCUUAAAAACACUGAGGGGCAAAUCAUUGUUUAGCUUUUUAAGUAUUUACCACAAUUGUGUACUUUUUUUUAAAAAGAUUGUGGAUCACAAAAGAGGAUCCUCCUUGCCCAGAGUGAAGGCUGAUGUCCACAUUGACUCUCUUGUAAUGAAGUAAUUUUGCAAAUAAAGGUUA